GAUGGAGAACUGUGUGAUCUGUCUCGGCCCCAUCAUCAAAUGAGGACCAUUAGAGAUUCCUCCAGUUGCUCUAUUGAAGAUAGAGAGAAUAGGAAUGUCCACUUGACAACUGAUUAUUGCCUGUCUAAUGUGAUUAGCAAUGUAAUUCCUAGUCCUUGUCAGGACUCAGUUGGAUGUCAGUUGCAUUGCAAAUGUACUCAAGAACAUCCACAGAGCAGCUUCUUCUCAACUUCUACUCCAUAUUCAAGUAGCCAAAAUAGUACCAAGAUGACUCAUUCAGAAAUUCUUUUCACAAACGUUUCACAAUAUUCUAAUGAUUCAAGUCCCACAUCGUAUUCAACUUGGCCAAAUCGGCAGACAUCAAAUAUUCCAAGAUCAUGGCCAUCUGGAAGGCAAACAGGACGGAAAAUGCACACACCAGUAGAUACACAUCCACAAGUACCUACACUACGAACUUCAGCAGCUCAUCCAGAUGGUAUACGUCAAUAUAAAUAUGAUGGGCCUGGCCUUGUGUCCUUCGUACAAA